AUGUCGGAAACAUUCACAAUCCACUACUUUGCAACUGCAUCCCAAUACACCUCCAAAAACACAGAAUCGCUCCCUGCGCCCCUGAAACUAUCCGCUCUGUUUGGCGAACUGGAGCAGCGAUACCCUGGCAUUGUUCCCAAGGUCCUGUCUACUUGUGGUGUUAGUCUGAAUGGGGAGUAUGUUGAUAUCGAGGAGGAUGGGGAGGUGGUUAUCCAGGCUGGGGGUGAGGUGGCUAUCAUUCCCCCUGUGAGUUCGGGAUAG